GAGGGAGAAAAAGAGACCACGCUGAUUGCUGAGAGGAACUGGAAGGGGGGAGAAAUAAAGCCCCAAACUCAGUCAGAACUUGCCGGCCAUGAGUAGCGCUGUGUUGGUGCCUCGCCUCCUGGACCCCGGCAGCAGCUUCCGAGAGGAUGCCCCGAGGCCCCCGGUGCCCGGGGAAGAAGGAGAGACCCCACCGUGCCAGGCUGGCCUGGGCAAGGGCCAGGUCACCAAACCCAUGCCUGUGUCCUCCAGUGCUCGGCGGAAUGAGGAUGGACUGGGAGAGCCCGAGGGACGGGCGUCCCCUGAUUCUCCUCUGACCCGAUGGACCAAGUCUUUGCACUCUUUGUUGGGCGAUCAAGAUGGAGCUUAUCUCUUCCGGACUUUCCUGGAGAGAGAGAGAUGUGUGGAUACCUUAGACUUCUGGUUUGCCUGCAAUGGCUUGAGCCAGAUGAACCUGAAGGAUACCAAAACUUUACGAGUAGCCAAAGCGUUCUACAAAAGGUGCAUCGAGAACAACAGCACCGUGUCCAAGCAACUGAAACCUGCCACCAAGACCUAUAUCCGUGAUGGCAUCAAGAAGCAACAGAUCGACUCGGUCAUGUUUGACCAGGCGCAAACCGAGAUCCAGGCGGUGAUGGAGAAUGCCUACCAGAAGUUUUUGACUUCUGACAUAUACCUCGAAUACGUGAGGAGCGGGGGCGAGAACCCAGCGUACUUGAGCAGUGGGGCCCUGGGGAGCCUGAAGGUGGUCUGUGGCUAUCUCCCCACCCUGAAUGAAGAGGAGUGGACUUGCGCUGACUUCAAAUGCAAACUCUCGCCCACUGUGGUUGGCUUGUCCAGUAAAACUCUGCGGGCCACCGAGAGCGUGAGGUCAACGGAAGCAGUGGAAAAUGCGUACUGGUCUUUCAAGAGGAACGAUCCCAUUAAUCUGUACCAUGUAGGUUCCGGGUACGUCUUUGCUCCUGCCACCAGCGCCAGUGACAGCGAGCUCUCCAGUGAUGCGCUGACUGAUGACUCCAUGUCCAUGACAGACAGUAGCGUAGAUGGAAUCCCUCCAUACCGCGUGGGGAGUAAGAAACAGCUCCAGAGAGAAGUGCAUUGCAGCGUGAAGGCCAAUGGCCAAGUGUCUCUACCUCAUUUCCCGAGAACCCACCGCCUGCCCAAGGAGAUGACGCCCGUGGAGCCCGCCACCUUCGUGGCGGAGCUCAUUGCUCGUCUGGAGGAGCUGAAGCUGGGGCAGGACAGUCGGCACAGCCUGGACCAGCGGCUGCAGCAGAUCCGUGAGGAUGAAGAGAAGGAGGACUCCGAGCUGGCGUCUAUCUGUGUUUGUCUAUGU